AUGCAGAAUUCUCUUGACUAUGCGGCCAUUAAAGACAUUGUUGCGAAUAAGCUUCGAGGAGAACUUAAAAAAACACAUUUGAUUGAUGUACGGGGGCGGGAUGAGGUGCAGAGUACGGGUCUCAUCCCGACUGCGACAAACAUACCCCUGGAUGAACUUGAAUCGGCGUUGAAAGCUGACCAUGAAUCGUUUCAAAAAACUUACGCAGUCUCUAAGCCACUACAGGAUGAUACUCUUGUCAUGUACUGUAAGAAGGGCUUAAGGGCAAUGGAGGGAGAAAAACGCGCCAGACAGUGUGGAUAUACAAACACGGCGGUGUAUCCUGGAAGCUGGGAUGACUGGUCAAAGAAUACAAAGGAACAAAAGGAGGAAUAG